CCAAAACGACAACUUGUUCUGUAUCUUGCUUUCGUUAGCUUCUUUUCCUUUUUUCCUUCCUCCUUAGUCGCAUUUUCUUAAAUAUCCCUUUCCUCCCAUUUCCUUCUCCUCUUUCUACCUAACAAUUAAUCUUCAUGGACGGUCCCACCCACCGUCCCAAGCGCCGUCGCCUGGACACGCCGCCAGCUAACAAACCCCAAUACCAGCAACACCACAACCACUACAAUCAUUCGCAAUCAAAACCCACCCACCAAACCAAAAGACAAUCCCACCACACUCCGAAAAACAAUGGCUACAGCGACAACUUCAACCAUCAUCAUCCUCAUCACCACCACCACUCCACACCGCCGCACCACCAGCAGCAGCAGCAACAGGAAGAGGGCGAUUCCGACUCCUCCGACGAACUGGCCGCCACCACGCCCGCAGAGGACCACGAUGAGGCCGCCGAGCGCCGUCGUCGCGCUAGCUGGUCCAUCCAGAAACAGGGCGUUUAUCCGCCGCAACGGCCUUUUCCGCAGUCGGCGCGCAGUCUGAGCGGCUCUGAGAGUCCUGAUGAGUUGACUAUCGAUGCUGAUGAGUAUUGGCGCUCGACCGGGAGGACGCGUCGUGAGGGGUCGCGUGUUGCUGCUGCUGCUGGUGGUGGGCAGUUGGGGCUGGGGCGCGCGGCUGGGCCGGGUCCGACGGGCGCCGUGGCUGUUGCUGUUGCUGUUAAGGCGCGGGGGAGGGGCAAGGGGAAUGGGAGGGUGGAGGAGGUGGUUGGGGGUGGGGGUGGGUCGGAGGAAAAACUCAGUGAGGGUGAGGAUGAGCGGGAUGGUGGGUUGGUUGGUCGGGGGGAUGAGGUUGAGGCUGAGGCUGAGGGUGAUGAGGAGGAGGAGGAUGUCGGGGAUGGUGAUGAUGAUGAUGAUGAUGAUGAUGAUGCGGAGGAGGAGAAAGAGGAAGAGGAAGAAGAAGAGGAGGAGGAGCAGGGCGGAAUGAGCAUCGAUGAUGGGGAUCAAACUGUUAAUGUCGCUGCUCUCGCCUCCGCCGCUGCAUCCGCCGCCGCCGAUGGCCCUCCGCAUGAUCAUGGAGGAGAAGAAGAUCAAGAAGAAGACGUGCGGGAGAUUCAGGACGAGGAACAACGCAACAACAGCAACAGCAACAAUGGUGACGUUGAAGACGAGGAAAUUGCCGACGCCGACGCCGACGUCGAUAUUGACCUGCACGACCCCGAACCCACUACGAAUGGCGAGCUGGUGGAAGAUACCCCAGACUCGUAUCCCGACCGGUCGCCUACGCCGCUCCCGCAACCCUCACCGCCACCGCCGAAACCAGAUAAGGUGGAUUAUCGCCCCAAGUUCUUGCUGAAGGGCCAUCUGCGGGGAGUGUCGGCUGUGCGGUUCUCGCCGGAUGCGUCGAUGAUUGCGAGUGGAGGCGCGGACGGGGCUGUUAAAGUGUGGGAUACGGUGACGGGGAAGUUGAUCCAUUCGUUCGAGGGCCACCUAGCGGGUAUAUCGACCAUCUCGUGGAGCCCGGACGGCGCGACGAUUGCAUCUGGGUCGGACGACAAGACGAUUCGAUUGUGGAAUGUCUUGACAGGCAAGGCUCAUCCCAUCCCGUUCGUCGGCCACCACAACUACGUCUACCAAAUCGCGUUUUCCCCGAAAGGCAACAUGCUCGUGAGCGGGUCCUACGACGAAGCGGUGUUCCUGUGGGAUGUGCGGUCGGCGCAAGUGAUGCGGUCGCUGCCGGCGCAUUCGGACCCGGUGGGCGGCAUCGACGUGGUCUGGGACGGGACGCUGAUCGCCUCGUGCGCGACGGACGGACUCAUCCGCAUCUGGGACACGGCGUCGGGCCAGUGUCUGCGCACGCUGGUGCACGAGGAUAACCCGCCCGUCACGGCGGUCAAGUUCUCCCCGAACGGCAAGUACGUGUUGGCGUGGACGCUGGACGACUGCGUGCGACUGUGGGACUACGUGGCCGGCCGGUGCAUCAAGACCUACCAGGGCCACAGCAACCGGAAGUACAGCCUGCAGGGCGGGUUUGGCACGUACGGAGGCGGGACUGCCAACAGCAGCAGCAGCAGCAGCGGGAUGCCAGUGUAUGCCUUUGCGGUCAGCGGCAGCGAGGACGGCGCCGUGCUAUGCUGGGACGUCGUGAGCAAGCAGAUCCUGCAGCGCAUCGAGGGUCACACCGGGGUGGUGUUGGGGGUGGAUACAUGCUCCCUGGGCGGCGCGCGCUUGAUGGUCAGUUGCGGGCUGGAUGGCACCGUUCGCGUCUGGGAGGAGGCGAGUACUGCAAAGGAAGACGGACACCCGACUACAAAUGGCGAGCAGACGAACGGCACGGCGAUGAACGGCAGCAGGGAGCUGAUGGCCUCCGAUCCCACCACGCCCGCCGAACCAGCCACGCAGGAACCCACCCCAAUGGCCAUCUUCGGGGAGCCUAACGGGCACGGCAAUGGUAUCCCCGAUCCAGAGGACACCGAAAUGGGCGAGGCCCUCCUCACGACGACCUCCACCCCUGGGGCGUGAUCAGCUACAACGAGAAUACCCACCAUUACAAUACCAAUGAAAAGGACGCAAAUGUACAGCGAUGCAAACCAUGGGACGGAGACACUGGCGUUUUCAGGUUGAGGGUUGAAUUGGGUUGUAUACUAGACAUGAGGGACGAACAAUAGCAGCAGCAGCAGCAGCAGCAGCAAACACUUUUGGAGUUCCACCGAAGGAACCAUGGGAGGGAAAUCCCAGAGAGAGAAGAAAAAAGCUACACGCGGAAUAUAAUCUUGAAUCAGGUGG